CGCUUGUAUAUCCAGUCAAUCAUGGUGUCCCUCGAGCAAAGCUGUCUAGAACACUUUCCCAAGGAAAGAAGAUAAAGCAAAGUUCAAAAGAAUGAAGAGAUAUAAGUGUCCCUUCAAGUAUCCCAUGAGACAAAAGAUCCUGAUCUUGUUUUUAGCAGUGUGGCUGUUUGCACUUCUGAAACUCCUCAAUGUUGAAAGACUCUUAUUCCCUCAAAAAGGUAUUUAUUUAGUUGAGCACUUCUUAAGCACUUCUUCUUAUGUUAAAAACAAAUACUCCCAUCUUAGAAACAACUUCCAGUAUGAAAUUAACUGUUCGUGUAUAUAUGAACAAGAACCCAGUGAAAUUGGCAAGAGUUUAGAGAUAAGAAGAAAAGACAUAAUUGAUUUAGAAGAUGAAGACGUUAUAGCUAUGACCCGCGAUUGUCAGGUGUAUCAUACACUUAGAGGAUACCACCUAAAGCCUGUUUCCUUGGAGGAGGAAAGUUUCCCAUUAGCCUACUCUUUGGUUGUUCACAAAGAUGCAAUAAUGGUUGAAAGACUCAUACACACAAUAUACAGCCAUCAAAAUAUUUACUGCAUCCAUUAUGACCAAAAGUCUGCUAAUACUUUCAAAUGUGCUAUGGACAAUUUAGCUAAGUGCUUCCCCAAUGUUUUCAUUGCAUCUAAAUUGGAGACCGUGGAAUAUGCACACAUUUCUAGGCUCCAAGCAGAUUUUAAUUGUUUGUCCGACUUGAUGAGGUCGUCGGUUCCAUGGAAGUAUGUUAUUAAUUUGUGUGGUCAAGACUUUCCUUUGAGGUCAAACUUUGAAUUGGUAUCUGAUUUGAAGAAACUCAAUGGAGGAAACAUGCUGGAGACUGUAAAGCCAAGUAGCAGCAAAAGGGAACGAUUCACAUAUCAUUAUGAACUUAAGAGCGUGCCUUAUAAAUACAUGCAGAUGCCUGUAAAAACCAACAUUUCGAAAGAUCCACCACCUCAUAACAUUGAGGUUUUUGUAGGCAGUGCCUAUUUUGUUUUAAGUCGGGCAUUCAUCCAAUAUACCUUUGAAAAAUCUCUUGCUAAAGAUUUUUUUGAAUGGUCCAAGGACACUUAUUCUCCAGAUGAACAUUUCUGGGCAACCCUUGCACGUGUGCCUGGAAUACCUGGGGAGAUUUCAAGGUCAGCUCACGAUGUAACAGACCUGCAAAGCAAGACUCGCCUGGUGAAAUGGAAUUACCUGGAGGACCACUUGUAUCCUCCUUGUACUGGCACCCAUAUUCGCAGUGUGUGCAUCUAUGGAGCUGCAGAAUUAAGGUGGCUUAUAAAUUAUGGACACUGGUUUGCCAAUAAAUUUGACUCCAAAGUGGACCCCGUUUUAAUAAAAUGCUUGGCAGAAAAACUUGCCAAACAACAGAAGGAAUGGGUUGAUUUGUCUUCCGAAAGCUCCUUCAUGCACAGAAGUUCUGCAGAUGUUUCACUAUAGCAGUACACUACACUCAGUAGUCAGUGUUAUCCAGAGUCUGACGCUCCAUUGCCUUGGGGUGUAAAAUGCUACCAAAUCAGAAUGCUCCUUCUGCACAAGUGUAAAUGACUACACAAGGUGCAAUGGAGAGUCAGCCCCAGAUGUGAUGUUAUAUGUCAUGCCCUUUAAGGAUCAUUGUAUAAUUCACCAAAACAACACUGUGUCCUUAAUAUCUUUCAAGGUGAUUCUUAUAAAAAUCAGCUCCACUUUUGAAUGUUUUUUGCGGGGGCUGUGGCACUAUUUGUGGUAAUGGAAUGUUUCAAAUUGAGCCUGCCUGCGCAAUAGCUAGGAUAAGUCCUCAUGUCUGUCCUCCUUAUUCCCCUCUUCUUCUUUAAAAGAUUUGAAACAUAGGAAGGAAGAUGUCCAGGUAUGCUACCUCAGGAAAGCUGGAAGGAAAAAACCCAAAACUAAAAUGAGUCUAAAGAGAAAGUCUGAUGACCACUGAGCCAUAAGCCUGAUCCUGUGAUCCCUCCACUCCCAGUCAGUGGGAGAUGAUGGUGUUUAGCCAUUUGCAGGAUUAGACCCAUAACAAUGAUUUUUGCAAUGUGAAUAUGAUUGGAUGAUAUAAGAGAAGAGAGAUCCUGGAACCUUGCCCACUGCAUUGGAAGUAGCAGUGUUCUCACCUAGCUGUCUGUCUCUGUAUUUAGUUUUCCCCUCUAUUAAUUUCAUGCUUCCACACACUUUUCUGUACCUGUGAAUUAUGUGAUGGUUGAUAGAGGCAGCAUUACACAUGGCAGUUCUUUUGAAGUCUGUAUGUAUUCACCGGAAAUGACAGCUUUCAGAGCUCUACCUAACAGAAAUCAGUGCCAGAAAAUGUAUUAUUCUAGUUCAGUUGCCAUCUCUUCCAUUAGAAACAUCCUCCUGCAAAACCACAGUCAUUCAGGUGAGGGACACCAUUUUAGGGUGGUGCACUGGGUCUAUGUAGAUACAGUAGGUAACAAAUGCAGCUUUUAAUUAGCAUUCAGCAGUUUGGUGUUACAUUAAAAUGCAAAGUAUUGACAAGUCCAGAUUUUGUCCUAGCCACAGGCCCAGAUCCUGAGAUGGGGCUGAGGUGCACUCAGUGCAGCUCAGGAGGGGGCUGUGCAGAAGUGGCUUUAUGCCACCUUUGUGCUUCCCUGGUCCUGGGCUGAUCUGUGGCAGGCCAGGCUCCCACUUCAACUUAGAACCCACUUGCUUCAAAUUGCUCUGGCUGCCUGUGGCCCCAAAGGUUAUCUUAGUAGCCAUGGAUCUUGGGGCAUGAUGGAGCCCUCGCCAUCCCCUUCUCUCAGCUAUGCCCCCUACACUGGGGGCAGGGCCGGCUCCAGGCACCAGCCCACCAAGCAUGUGCUUGGGGCGGCACCUGGAGGGGGGCAGCAUGGCGCUCCGGACCGAGAGCAGGGCCGCGACUGGGCUCGCCGCCCUCCUCGCGGCGCUCUGGCCGCCGGGGAGAGUGGAGCCCCGGCUGGGCUCUCCGCCCUCCUCCCGGCGCUCCGGCCGCCGGGGAGAGCGGAGCCGCAGCGGGCUCGCCGCCUUUCCCCGGAGCUCUGGCCACCAGGGAGAGCGGAGCCCCAGCCGGGCUCUCCGCCCUCCUCCCGGCGCUCUGGCUGCCAGCGGAGCUGUGGCGGGCUCGGCGCCCUCGGGGGGGCGGCGGGGUGGGGGGAGGCUUUUUUGCCUGGGGCGGCAAAAAAGCCAGAGCCAGCCCUGACUGGGGGCCAGGAAAGGUGAUGGUGUAGGAGUUUCUACAGCAGCUGUUGUAACCCCCAAGUCCCACUAUGCAGGGGGAAGUCAUCUGAGCCCUGGAUCUGUGACCAGAAUAGCUUUGUACUGUCCUAGUACAGCCCAGGAUCUGGUCGCAAUGUUCAAUAACAGUAUUGCUCUUGUCUUUAUCGAUCCAUAAACUGCUACAGUAAUACCAUGCCCUGUUGUCUCAUUUACAGACAGGACCAGAACUACCCUUGAUGCACAGCAUUCAUGGAAAGUGUUUAGCUGAUUACAUAAAAUUGUGACUCAAACUGACAGGAUUGAGGACAUACUUAAUUUGAGCAAGUUAUUCAGUCUUAGCUUUAGCACAUAGAGCAGCCAUGGGCUAGUCACUAGUGGUUUAAGAAUGGCACUGAGGGUCAGGAGUCAUGGGCUUUCCUCCCAAAUCUGCCACCAACUUGCUGUGUAAAGUCACUUAACUUCUGUGCCUCAAUUGCCCCAUCUGUAACAUGGGAAUAAUGCUGUUCAACCAUCUUUGUAAAGCACCUAGGGAUCUAUGGCUGACGAGUCUAUUGUGGUUAAAAUGAUAGAUUAUAACAACUUCUUCUCACCAAAACUAUUUAUGAAGUCUCUAUAAAUGCAUGGAACACAAAUUCCCUUGCUGUUCUCACAUAAAUAGUAAUAUAUUUUAAAAACUAAAUGCAAUUUAGGCUGGUAGCCUGCCAUUACUCCUUUGGUGCUCUUCUGGUUUAUCAUGAUAAUAUGGUGUAUGGGGACUUUCUAGAAUGGGAAGUAUUGAUCGUAUUUACAGAGUUGUGCAUUACCAUGUUCACACUUGGGAACUCCAGAAUACGCUGAAUUAUGCUGUCAUAUGAAAGGCUGUUAGGGUGUCAGAAGGUCAAACUUAGGCCUUGUCUACACAAGACAACUUGCACCAGUUUAUCUAAAUCAAUUUAAAAACACAUCUUAAGUUAAGCCACUAUGAGUCUGUGUGAAAAAGCCUUAUAUACUUCCUAGACCAUGGAAAAUAAGGGAAUGUAGAAGUGAUGCUGUCUGCUGAGUUAGUGUCCCUGGGCCCCCAUCAGGUUACACGUUACUGUGAAAUAUUUGUUUGAAGUGAAGUACAAGGUGUGCCCAGUCACAGCGCUGCGAAUUGUAAAUACCCUGAUGAAUAUCUGUUCUUUUUGAUGAUAUAAUCCAAAGCUCUUCUACCUUGUGGCAUGACAGUCUACAAAAUGUUUUCAAAUACAGUCUAUCCCCAAAAUUUAAGAUUAUUUUCCCCCUCACUUGUAAAAUUUAACAUUGGCUAUACAUAGAUGUAUAACACACACACAGUAUGUAUGUAUACAUGCAGUGUAGAGACCCAUGGCAUAGUUCUGCGAUAAAUUAUGAACAAAAAAUCACAAUCAUUAUGCAUCUUUGAGAUCAUCACCUGCCUCUGCCCCUCAUCCAUCCCUCUCUCUCUCUCUCUCGGUUGGGACUUGUUUGAAAUGACUGGUAUGACCCACCUGUGGCUUUGCCAUUCGUGAGAAAUGUGGCCAUACCAAACAUAUGCUGAGAUAAGUAUAAAAUUUAACGUGGGCAGAAACUUAGCAUACAAACAAUCAGGUAUUCUACUUCAAUGGGGAAUUUUUGCUUAUUGAGGCCAGAAACUUCCCCCACACCCUCCACAAAAGCCUUCUGUAUAAGUUCUUGUCCAUAGCAUUUUCAAAUGGAAAAUAUAUUUGCAUUAUUAGAUGGCCUCCCAUACUUCCAUCCCAUUAAAUACAAGGUACCUGCUCAUGAUCCCAUUACACCUCCUGUGCACAGCUCCAGUAGCACAAAGUAGGUGGAAAAGCAGUUUAUCUGGCCAGCUGGGGAUUUUCCGAGAGAAGGCAACAUGGCAGAGAUAUUACCAGCAGAAAGAGGGCAUGAACAUUGCAGAACAUUGCUGCGGUUCCUGGUUGCCAGAGUAGCCUUUGCAGACAACACAACUUAGAGCAAUGCUCAAGUUGCUACUUGGACCUUCCAAGCUGUGCUGUGGCAGAAGAAUUAGUCCCCGGGAUCAGGCCAAAGAUAUUUUUAGUGGCUGGAAAUGGAGGAGGUUGACAAAAGUGGUUACUAUGUUCUAAGAAGCAUUUUUUAAGGAAGACGAUAAAAUGACCAGUUUAGGAGACCAAGCAAACCUUCUUGGUAGAGGGCAGUACUUGCCGAGCGCCUCGUUGACUUUGUUCAGGAUUUGCCAGAGAUUUCAUCAAAGGACAUUAUUGUGAAUGCCACAAUAAAGCUGAUCUGAAUGUGACACAUCUAAAAUUGUAUUGUCUCCUCUCUCUACUAUAGUUAUGAUUUGUAUACACAAUAAUUAAAGGACACAUUAAUUCAUUUGAGAAAUAUG